UUUGUUUUGACCUAUACCCUUUUCUAAAGAACUCCAUCUUUUUCUUUUCUUCUCCAACCCUGGCCGCCGUAAACGUUCUCAUGGACGACAGAGCACAAUGAGAACCACCCUGGGCGGCGCAACCCACCUCGCGAUGCUCGAGCGCCCCGUCCUUUGUCCUCUGCUCCUCGCAAGCGUGUGGCCCCGUCCUUCGUUCUCUGCUCCUCGCAAUGCGUCCUCUGCUCCUCAGCUUUCUCUUCCGGCCCCUCCGACCUCUGCUCCUCUGCUUUCUCUGCUCCUCUGCUUUCUCUUCCGGCCACUCCGACCUCUCCUCGGGCUCCGGCUGCGGAAGUCUCUCCGGCGGCGGAAGUCUCUCCGGUUGCGGAAGUCCCUCCGGCUGCGGAAGUCUCACCCCAACCCCCACCCACAGCCAACGUCGCAAUCCUGAGACGUAGCAUGCACCGUGUAGUCAAACACCUUGGUGCUGUGUCCAAUCAAUUGGAACUGCUGCCUCUUCUGCCUACACUCGACCACGAUGUUGCACUUCUUCAGAAGGUGCAGAACUUGGAGGUAAAGAUCAAGAAUAUCGUUCAGAAGUUUGCCAAACAACUACAAAGGGGAGACACCAAUUAACCCAGCUAGACUCUGACUGACUGAGGAUUUUCAGAGAGCUCGGAGCCUGAUGCCCCUCGCCGUCUUGCUUACAUUGCCCAUCCUGAGGAAAUUGCUCCAGAGCGAAAAAACUGGAUCUUCAAGAACCAAACCAACCACCCUACUGCCACCGAUAAGACACUCAAUGCAUCUAUUACAGAUAGGGCGUCCACAAGGGGCCCAGUAAAGCUAGUUUUUGCCUUUGUCAUUAGAUCGCACAGUAGAGAUCUCAUAGAUGCAAAGGCUGCCUUCUGGUCAUAUUUUCCUUUGUCGACAGGAACUCACACCAUUAAACAGGCUUUGCAUCUAUGAGAUCUCUACUUCGCCUUUUCAUCUUGACCUCCAAGUUCUGCUCCAAGGUCUGACAAGCAACAUUGUGGUCGAGUAUAGGCAGCACUUUCAAUUGAUUGGACAUAACGCCAAGGUGUUUGAUUACACGCGCAUGCUACGUCUCAGGGUUGUGACGUUGGCUGCGUGUGGGGGUUGGGCUGACACUCCCGGUGAGACUUCCGCAGCCGGAGGGACUUCCGCAGCCGGAGAGACUUCCGCAGCCGAAGGCGGAGAGGUCGGAGGGGCUGGAAGAAAAAGCAGAGAAGGAUCAGAAGUCGGAGGGGCUGGAAGAGAAUGCAGAGGAGCAGAGGACGAAGAACGGGACACACGCGCAUUGAGAGAAGCAGAGGACAAAGGACGGUGCACACGCUUGCGAGGAGCAGAGGACAAAGGAGGGGGCGCUCGAGCAUCGCGAGGUGGGUUGCGCCGCCGAGUGUGGUUCUCAUUGUGCUGCGGAGGGUCGUACAUGAGAACGGUUACGACGGCCGGGGUUGGAGGAGAAAGAAAAAGAAAGAGUUCUUUAGAAGGAGGUAUAGGUCACAAAACAAAUGGGUAGUUAUGUACUCAUGUCUCGUUGUAUGUUAUAUAUAUUGUUUUAAAAAAAUGGGUUCGGAUUAGCCUAUUCGGACUGAUCAAGAUUGGAUUGAUCUUUUAUGAGAACUAAGGUUUAAGGGGCAAUCCGGAUUGGGUCAUGACGGAUAUCAAUCCGGAUUCUGAAAUACCUUUGGAUUCAAUUAGAAUAUAUUGUAUUUA